AGUGUGUGUAUCUGUCUGAACUUGCCCUGUGACUCGGGUCUCAAGGGAAAACAGGAGGGAGCUCACGGUCACUGCCUUUACAUGACCUACUGACGAGCUCUAAGCUGAUUGCAAGAGUUGUGUUCAUCCUGCUCACAUCCUGUGCAUGGAGUUUGCUGACAGUGUCUAAUGUGCUGGACCCAUGCAAGAUGGGCAGAUAAAUAAAGGAAGAAGACUCGGUUUCCUUGUCGAUCUAGAGGUCUUAACGGGGCAGGCUAUGUGAAAGGUGGUAAGCCGGCAAUUUAAAUAAAAGUGUUUCUGGGUGCCAGGGUGAUAAAUUCAGUCUGGUGUUGGCAGGAGAAGGCUCAUGUGGAAAAGGAGUUCUUGAACUUGGGUCUGUGAGCAUAUUACAGUGAGUGCAUGAAUCUGAAUGGGAAAAAGUAUACACUAGUUGACCUGAAAAUUAGCAUUUCUUUCCAUUAAGAAUGUAGACAAGAAAACCACAGUAGUACUAACAGAACCUGUAACUGUUACCCUGUAAGUGAUAGGUAUUGUUAUCCUAUAGGCAGUGUAGAUAUUUCAAAAUACUGUUUACGCUCAUGAUUAUUUUGAAAUGUCAGUAGUUAAUUCAUUCUUCAUAUUUAAUAUGUCAGUAAAGAAGCACCUACUUGAUAUUUUAACCUACAGUUUUAAAGGCUGUAUUUCUGUAUAAUUAACUUUUAAAUAAUCCUUAGUGGUUUAUCUUAUGCAUUUAAAAUAUUCCGAAUAACAGUCCAUAAGUAUCACCCAACUGCCAAAGGAGGCCAUGGAAGAGAAAAGGUUCCAAACUCGGCUUUAGAAGACAUUUACUAGCCUGUAUCCUGAUUUUUAGAAUCCUUGAAGGCAGGGAUUUUGUUUUGUUCUCUUUUGUUUUAAUUUUUUGCCACUCCCACAGUAUGGCCUUAGUAAAGCUUUUAUACUCCAGGUCUUCCCUCUCGGGGACAGGUCCCACAUGUUUGUGGGGUCUCCCUGUGCUGCUAUGGGGCCCUGCGUCUUUCUGAUAGACUUCUGGACCCUCCCUGCAGAAACUUCUUUGGCUGUCCUCAGCCGUCUGCAGCAUUCUUGACUCCCUGGACUGCAUGUCCCUCCAGAGCAGGGCCUGUGCCUCAAGCUACUCAGGAAAGGUCUACCGGAGGCAUGAUAUCCAGAGGGUGUGAACCUACUGGAGACCCAGAGCUUGGGGCCCCAAAGAAAGGACUCAGAAAAAGAACUUGAAGAGUCUCAAGAAUGAAGAACUACUGGGUCUUUUGCUUCUCCAGCUUAGGAAGAUCAGACAAUAAAUAAAAUUGCUGCUGCUCUCGGAAAACCAAGGAGGAGACCAUGGAGGCUUUGAGCCCAAGGCCUGGGGAAAGAGCUCUUCAUUCUCACGCCUCAGCCCUUUCCCAGCAUGAGGAAGACAAGACCAAGUUGCAGGAGCCAUUGAUGUUCGAGGACGUGGCUGUGGUCUUCAGCGAGGAGGAGCUCCAGCUGCUGGACCCCGCCCAGAGGCAGCUGUACCGAGACGUGAUGCUGGAGAACUUCCGGAACCUGGUCUCUCUGGGAGACAAGAAUGAAAAGAAUAUGGAGUAUAUUCAAGAAAGAGCAUUAAAGUUCCUUUCAUACAGAGAACUGUCCUACUUGAAAAUCUGGGAACAGGUGACUGGUGAAUUAGCUGGAAGUCUUGACCACAGAGUAAAUCUUCAAGGGAAAGAUUUCCAGUUCUCCAAAGAUGCUCUUGUCUAUCGGGGGUUGGAAGGAACAUCUACUCAGGGUUCACAUAUUGGAAUUUUGGUGGCCAGUCAUCAAGGGGAUGGAUCUGUCAAUUUAGAAAAUCAAGAAUUUCCAACCUGGAGACCAGUCUCCAUUCAAGAAUCUUGGAUGAAAGCUUUUGUGAAUGAGCCCUGGAAUGUUCGAGAAAGGUGUAAAAAACUUAACAUGGAAGAUAUGAUAUAUAAAUGUGACAGGGACGAUUAUGGCUUCAGCUGGGUGUCACAUUGUCAUGAUGAUCAUAGAUUACCUGAAAGAGAGAGACCAUGUAGUUGUGAUAAAUGUAGAAAAGAUUGCAUUGCAAAGCAAAUACAUCAUUGCCCCAAUCCCGAAGAGAAUGGCUUUAAAACAAAUGGUUGUGGAAAUGGAUUUAAGGAAGAUUCAAACCUUCUCACUCAUCCAAGAGUGCCCUUGAAGGAGAAACCCUAUAAAUAUCACGAGUUUGGUAAGGGCUUGAGGCAACCUGCCUAUCUUGAGAGACAUCAAAGAAGUCCCAGUGGAGAGAAAUCCAGAAGCAAUGAGCACAGUCAGGGCUUCAGGCAGAACACACGUAGGCACACCCGUCCCAGGGUCCAUGCAGGAGACAUGCCCUACAGAUGUGAUGUCUGUGGGAAGGCGUUCAGGUUUAAAUCAGUCUUUCUCAUUCAUCAAGGAGUGCACACAGGGAAGAAACCCUAUACAUGUGAGGAGUGUGGGAAGGCCUUUGGCCGAAGCUCAAACCUGCUUGUGCAUCAGAGGGUCCACACUGGGGAGAAACCAUAUAAAUGCUGUGAGUGUGGAAAGGGCUUCAGCUACAGCUCAGUGCUCCAAGUCCAUCAGAGGCUGCACACAGGGGAGAAGCCCUACACGUGCACUGAGUGUGGCAAAGGGUUCUAUGCCAGGUCCGCACUACAUAAGCAUCAGCACCUCCACCCAGGAGGGAAGCCCUAUCGCUGUGUGGAGUGUGGGAAGGGCUUCAACUGUAGCUCCCAUCUCAGCAGCCAUCAGAAAACACACACAGAAGAGAAACCCUACCAGUGUGACAAGUGUGACAAAGGUUUCAGUUACAACUCGUACCUUCAAGCUCACCAGAGGGUUCACACAGGGCAGCGCCUCUAUGUGUGUGAUGUGUGCGGUAAGAGUUUCACUUACAGCUCGGGGCUUCUCAGGCAUCAGAGGCUGCACACGGGAGAGAAGCCCUACAAAUGCGAGUGUGGGAAGGGCUUCGGCCGAAGCUCAGACCUCCACAUCCAUCAGAGAGUCCACACGGGAGAGAAACCCUUCAAAUGUGUGGAGUGUGGGAAGGGCUUCCGGCGGAAUUCAGACCUUCACAGCCACCAGCGCGUCCACACGGGAGAGAGGCCCUUCGUGUGUGAUGUGUGUGGAAAGGGCUUUAUUUACAGCUCCGACCUCCUCAUCCAUCAGAGGACCCACACAGGAGAGAAACCCUACAAAUGUGCCGAGUGCGGCAAAGGCUUCCGUUACAGCUCAGGGCUUCGCAUUCACGAGAGGGUCCACACUGGUGAGAAACCCUACAAGUGCAAAGAGUGUGGAAAAGGUUUUAGGUGCACUUCUAGUCUUUACAAACACCAGCGAAUCCACACAGGAAAGAAGCCCUACACAUGUGAUCAGUGUGGCAAGGGAUUCAAUUAUGGCUCAAAUCUUCGCACCCAUCAGAGACUGCACACAGGAGAGAAACCCUACACAUGUUACGAGUGUGGGAAGGGCUUCAAGUACAGCUCAGGUCUCCUCAGCCAUAAGAGAGUCCACACUGGAGAGAAACCCUACAGAUGUGAGGUGUGUGGGAAGGGCUACAGUCAGAGGUCCUAUCUUCAAGGUCAUCAGAGGGUCCACACUGGUGAGAAACCCUAUAAAUGUGACGAGUGUGGGGAGAGCUUCGGCCGAAGCUCAGAUCUCCACAUCCACCAGAAAGUCCACACGGGAGAGAGACCCUUCAAAUGUAUGGAGUGUGGGAAGGGCUUCCGGCGGAAUUCAGACCUUCACAACCACCAGCGUGUCCACACAAGAGAGAGGCCCUUCGUGUGUGAUGUGUGUGGAAAGGGCUUUAUUUACAGCUCCGACCUCCUCAUCCAUCAGAGGACCCACACGGGAGAGAAACCCUACAAAUGUGCCGAGUGCGGCAAAGGCUUCUGUUAUAGCUCAGUUCUUCGCAUUCACGAGAGGGUCCACACUGGUGAGAAACCCUACAAGUGCAAAGAGUGUGGAAAAGGUUUUAGGUGCACUUCUAGUCUUUACAAACACCAGCGAAUCCACACGGGAAAGAAGCCCUACACAUGUGAUCAGUGUGGCAAGGGAUUCAAUUAUGGCUCAAAUCUUCGCACCCACCAGAGACUGCACACAGGAGAGAAACCCUACACAUGUUACGAGUGUGGGAAGGGCUUCAAGUACGGCUCAGGUCUCCUCAGCCAUAAGAGAGUCCACACUGGAGAGAAACCCUACAGAUGUGAGGUGUGUGGGAAGGGCUACAGUCAGAGGUCCUAUCUUCAAGGUCAUCAGAGGGUCCACACUGGUGAGAAACCCUAUAAAUGUGACGAGUGUGGGAAGGGCUUUGGUCGAAGCUCCUGCCUUCACGUGCAUCAGAGAAUCCACACCGGAGAGAAGCCAUACAAGUGUGAGGAGUGUGGGAAAGGCUUCAGUUACAGCUCAGGUCUUCGAAAUCACCAGAGAGUGCAUUUAAAUGAGAAACCGUAUGAGUAGGUGUGAGGUGAAGCCUCCAGUUUGAACUCAGAACUUUCUAUUCACUUGAGAGCCCAUGCCGGAGGAGAACUUGACAAAUAUGGUACGAACAGGGGCUGCAGACGUUUUCCUAGCAGCGAGUCUGCACAGGAAAGGAAGGAGCUGGAAGUUUGGCAAAUACGAAAGCAGUUGAAUCACAAACUUCAGUCUUCGAGAGACUCUUGCACAGCAACUAGUCCUUAAAGAAGUGAUGUAGCAGUGGCUUCAGUGACAGUUGUCACUUUCAUCAGAGUAGGCCUAGGAGGGAGCUUUACAAACGUUUACAAGUAGAAUGUAUCAAAGGAGCAAAUAUUCUUUGUUGCAGGAAAGACAUACAAAUGGGACACGUAGGGAAACAAUUAUCACAUUGCUAAAAGCAAUGCUGUAUGUACCUUUCAGAAAAUGCUGCUUAUAAAAAUUGGAAGGUGAUGUCAUCACUGGUUGAAGCAAGUCGCUUUUAGAAGGCCUGGCAGUUGAAGGGAGAGUCUUCUUGGCAGGUCUGUGUAAUGUGUCUCCAUCAUGUUUUUGUGAUUGUGUUUUAUCUCAUAGAGGUAAACUGCUCUCAGAGAUUGUGCUAAACUGCAGGAGUAUUUCAUUUAAACAUGUUUUUUAAAAAUCUGAUUGGGCUUUUAAUUGGCAUUGAAUGUAUAGGUUAAUUUAGAAAGAACUUGCAUUUUGAAAUGCUGAUUUGUUUUCCAUUUUGAAAGUGUUCUUUGUUUCCACUUAAUGUAUUUUAAAAGACUCCUCAGUAAUAUCUUUUAGAGAUUAAAAAAAAUAGGUUCUGAACAUUCUGGAAUUUGUUAUUCAUGAAUAUAAAAUGUUUACCCCAUUUCAUAAGCCAUUGGCAUUUAAGAUAAAUACUAGAACAUUUUUAAAUAUCAGAAAUAACCAUUGUAACCUGUCAGAAUAGCAGUAGUAAAAUAGAGUCACACAGCCACCAUCAAUGGAGAACUGUGUUAAUGUGCAUUCUUACGGACUUCUUGGUGGGAAUGAAAAUAGUCUUUUUUUUUUUAAUUUGUCAGUGUAUGAAAUUCAAUUUGUAUAACCUUUGACGUGGCAAUAAGUGUAUAGUGAUUUAUACUUGGGAGCUAGUGGAAUAUACUUGCACGUGUGGAGAAAGAUGUAUGCAUAUGAACCAGUUUCAUAGCAUGUUCUUAUGAUAGAAAAAAAAUACUAAUACACCAAGUGUAAUGCAUGAAGGCACUUUCGUACAUGGGAAACCCACUAAAAAUAUUUGAGUGUACCUAUAAUGACUUUGAAGAUUGCCCACAAACUAGGGAACCUGGAAAGUUAUGGAACAACAAUUACGAGUAUGACCCAUUUUCUUAAUACGUGUUCAUGAGUGUAUGUUUUUAAAGAAAGAGAAGAUGAUAUGAGAAAGGUCAGUAUCGUAACUGCUUAUCUCUAGCAGGUGGGAUAUGGGGUAUAUAAAUACAUUCAUGUACUUUUAUGUAUUUUACUUUUAAACGGAGUGUUUAUCAAUUUUAUAACAAUAGUAAAGCUAUUUUUUUUUAAUUAGCCUGGUAGAACAAUCCCUGGUGGUCAGUGAUCCAUGCUAUAGCUAACCUCUCUGAUUUUCUUUGCCUUUCCCACUGUUUACUUAGCACCCAGUACCAAAGAUAUACGCACGUGAAACUGAAAUUUGUGAUUUAGAUACGUGAUUUUUGCUGGCUGGUAGGAGACUGGGCAGUCAGGAGAGUUGGGAGGCGUCUUGGUGCUCCCAUUCUGCAUGCUGGCGGCCAGCACGCCCACAGGACUGGCCGCGUACCGAGAUGAGUCCCCUCUCUCCUGACUUCUCCCUCUCCACGGGCGACUCAGAAGACCUGGGGCGUGGCCUGCACUGAGCUCUUCCCUUGCUGUCCCAGGCUACUGGAUGUGUCAGGGAGGUGGGGACAGACCACUUUGUAUCUAAAUAAAUAGUUAACAUAU